AUGGGCAGGACAAAGCGGAAGCACACAGAUGGUGAUGUAGAAGAAGUUGCAGGGGAUCGAGUGGUCGCUAUGCGUCUUGUAGAUGACACAAGGGCCCAAUACCUCGCUAUCCUGGAAAGGUUUAAGCGUUGGCUGCACACAGAGCACCCGUCAUUCGUGGUUGACACCACGAUCCAGCUACCAUUGCCCAGCAAUAUCUGCCAAAUGUAUUUAGACUACGCAUCAAUCAAGCGCAAUACACGUGGCGAGGCGCUUGUGCCCAAGCAAUACAACACCUUCUCCACCAUCGGGACCUGCAAGAGUGCGCUGAAAUUCCUGUACAAGGAGGCGAACAUCACCAUGGACGAAGAUCUGGAAUCGCGACUGAAAGACUUUGCAAACGGGUACAAACGGCACAUAGCACAACUGAAGGAGGAUGGUGUCAUGCCCAUCGGUGAAGGCAUAUUACCGAUGUCUGUGGACGUGACCAAGAAGGCGCUGCUCUGUUUCCCAAGCAUGUUUACGCAAAUCCCACGAGUCCGGCACCUUGCGAUGAUUGUGUUUACGAGAGGUUUAACGACUGGCCAGCGAACGAAAUUGGUCUUUGGAGCAACGGCCCAAACCCGAUUUUCGAGGUGGCUGCUUAAAGUCUGUUCUGUGAACGAAGCAGAAAUACUGGCAAUGGGGAUGGCCAUUUCCGAGAUUGGCACCCAUUCGUUCCGAAAAGGGGUUGCGACAGCACUGUCCAACUCACCGGGUGGGCCACAGGCAGUCUCGAUUUGGCUUCGUGCGGGAUGGAGCCUUGGAAGUGUGCAAGGGCGGUACAUUUUUGAAGGCUCUGGUGGCGACCAAUUUGUUGGACGUGCUGCGACAGGCUUGCCAUUGACAUCAAGCACAUUUGCGUCGUUGCCCCCGCAUUUUUUUGGAGCACCUGCUUUGUCACUUGCUGAAUGGGAGACGGUAGUGCCUGGGUACUCCACGGAAUAUCCAGCAUGCUUCCGAUGUGUGCUGCCAUACCUAUUGGCGUCACUGGCAUUCCACCACAGCUGGUUGAAAAUGGCAUUGAGUCCUGACCACCCUAUCUUUCUGUCCCCAAUUUGGCGCUCUGGUUUUUUAAUUGGUCUGUCCAAACGAGUUCAUGGUGGCGUCAUGGUCAAUCGUGCUACUGGAAUGGUUGCGACUGGUGUGCCACCACACGUAACCCUGGUUGACCGUCUGGACCAAUUGGAAACUGGGUUUAAAACAUUUGAAAAUAACGUGUUUGACAAAAUCGACAAUAUUCCCGAAAGUGUGGCGAUGGCGGUCAGCGGCCGGGCCCCUACAAGUGACUCAACCCCAGUAACAAUUGGGAUGAUGCACGAUUCGUUUGAGCUCCUUCGGCAUCAACUGUUGGCGGAUUUGAGGUUGGCAUCUUCAAGUACACCCCUGGUCGAGUCUACGAUCACUCCCGAAGUUCGACAUGAUGAACGACCCAACCAACCCGUUAAAGUCCAAAGGACAAACAAUUUGGUAUGCCCCAGCACCAAAACGUUCGAUUUGUGGACUCUGUGGUGGAGUGGAAGCGAAGUCCACAAUACUCCUCCAUUUCGCAUCUUGAGGCGAAAAGAUUUCCCCAGAAACAGCGACAGGGUCAACUUUUCCAAAGCCACAGCAGUGAUUGAUUUGAUUUUGAACAUCACAACGACAACUCGGCAAUUUGCAAUCAACAUGACGGUGGCCCAGCGAAGCGAGGUGUACCUGACAGGAAUGAGAAGCAUCUGGACAGCAAUUUCAGCAGCCACUGGAGUUUCCCCUACAAAGCGGCGUGUCGACGACAUAUCCUACCACACCGUGUACGAUUUAAUAAAGAAGCACAACAUUACAGCUCCAUAA